GAUUGUAGGCGGGACUACAUCUGAUGCAAACAGCAGGAAGUACGGGAAGUACACACUCAACAGCAAUUACUUUUUUUGGAAACUUUUACUAGCGCAAACCUACUAUGAAACCCGUAACGUGUUAAUUCGUCUAAAGAGCCGGUUUAUAUAUCAGUGAGGAUGUUUAUUUCAUUGCGGUAGGCAUUGAGAUACUUUUAACGGGUCAGACUGGAUCAUCUGCUUUGUUUGUUUACUGGUGAAACAGCUGACAAGCUAACGUUAGCAUCCUAGCUGGGCAAAAUAAUCGAGUUAAAUGAGCUAAACUAUCCAGCAGCACUGUCCUCAUGAAUGUAACUUAACAUUAGUGAAAGAGCCAACGUACCUGUGCACUAGUGGAGGGUUGUCUUGGGUGAAAGUGUGCAAAGCUAACGUUAAAUGUGUCGAGCGUUAGUUAAAUAGUUUGGUCACUGAACCUGCGGCCAGCUUUAAAGGCCCACAUCUUCAUGUCAGUAUGCCGUGUUCCUGUGGGAACUGGAGAAGAUGGAUUCGGCCGCUGGUCAUUGUGCUGUAUAUUUUGUUGCUAUUAGUCGUCCUGCCUCUGUGCAUCUGGGAACUGCAGAAGUCAAAGGUUGGCAUUCAUAAUAGAGCAUGGUUCAUCGCUGGGAUAUUUGUCUUCAUGACCAUACCCAUAUCUUUAUGGGGCAUCCUCCAGCAUCUGGUUCACUACACUCAGCCAGAGCUUCAGAAACCUAUCAUCAGGAUAUUAUGGAUGGUCCCAAUCUACAGCUUGGACAGUUGGAUUGCACUAAAAUAUCCCAGUAUAGCAAUUUAUGUGGACACAUGCAGAGAGUGCUAUGAGGCCUAUGUCAUCUACAACUUCAUGACCUUCUUGCUGAACUACCUGGAGAAUCAGUACCCCAGCCUGGUGUCGAUGCUGGAGGCCCAGGAGCAGCAGAAACACCUGCCCCCUCUUUGCUGCUGCCCGCCCUGGCCAAUGGGAGAGGUUUUACUGUUGAGAUGCAAAUUGGGAGUGUUGCAGUACACCGUUGUAAGACCCGUCACAACAGUGAUUGCCUUGAUCUGUCAGCUGUGUGGAGUGUAUGAUGAAGGCAAUUUUAGUUCAACAAAUGCAUGGACGUACCUGGUCAUCUUCAACAAUAUGUCACAGCUGUUUGCCAUGUACUGCCUGGUGCUGUUCUACAGGGCUUUGAGAGAGGAACUGAGUCCAAUCAAGCCAGUGGGAAAAUUCCUGUGCGUCAAAAUGGUGGUGUUCGUCUCUUUCUGGCAAGCUGCGUUCAUUGCUUUGCUGGUGAAAGUGGGCAUUAUCUCCGAGAAACGUACAUGGGACUGGCAAAGUGUGGAGGCUGUAGCUACUGGCUUACAGGAUUUCAUCAUCUGUGUGGAGAUGUUUCUGGCGGCCAUUGCCCAUCACUUCAGCUUCACCUACAAGCCUUACAUCCGGGAGGCUGAGGAGGGUUCUUGCUUUGACUCUUUCAUGGCAAUGUGGGACAUCUCUGAUGUCAGAGCAGACAUUUCUGAACAAGUCCGCAAUGUUGGGAGAACAGUUAUGGGUCGUCCAAGGAAGUUCUACUUCAGGGAGGCGCAGAGUGAUGGCGAGCGAUCUGGUCUGCUCUCUUCGGGCUCCCAAGAUGCCAUCACUGAGGCGGCAUCCAACCCCGUGUCACCCAACGGCCAAUACCAGGGCCUUGGCAGAACCCUCACACCACACUCUUUGUCAGCCCCCGCUGGGCUCAGCUCGGCCCCGUGGGAUGAAGGACAUGAGGCUAGACCUGAAGAAACCCAGGAAGAAGAAAGGACCAACCAAACCAAAGAACCAACAGAAGCAGAUCUCAUCGUGAUCACCUAGCCUAUCGUUAGGCCGACGUCACCAACAGACUACCAGACUACCAGACAUGGUUGGGCAGGACCCAAUUACAGCCUUUCCAUUUUCCUUUAGACAUUACCAGACUAAUGCAAGAAUAAAUAUACUGUUGUUUAAAAAAGGCACAUCAACCAAGUUACAGUAUAUGUUUGCCAACAAAUGCAAAACCCGAUGGACCUCUGUCAGUGACAGCUCCAAGAAUGUUCAGUGAAGUUGUGGCACUAUAUGACUUGUAGAUAACGUACAUUUUAUGCAGUUUUCUGAUGCAUUAGGGAGUUAUAUGGCACAGUAGGCAGCGCAGAAUGGUUUUAAAAUCAUAAUUGAGAAAGACUUCUGGUCAGUUUUAACGUGCGUCCCAAAAAGCACAGUCAUGUUUCUUGAGAGGAGAUGCCACAUAAUGCCUCCUGAAGUCAGAGCGAAGCUUGCAUGUGUAUACUUUCCAAAUAGGAACUUAUUACACUUUAUUUGUGUUGUCUGUCAUAUCAUGAUCUCAGAUGUGACAGUUGGAUAAAAAAGAGAAAUAUGCAGCUUUUAAAAAGACAAAUCUAUGAUACUAAAGCACACUAAAUGUCCAGAAUCAUAUAUUUUCUUUUGUCCUAGCCUGUAGAUGUGUGAAAAGAGCCGAAGCAAAAAAAAUAGUUUGAUGCAAAGUGAAGACUAAACUGUGGAGACAAUAACCUGAGUGCUGAAAGAUGUGUCCAAACAGUGUCAUCACUACAGAAUCAAUAUUAAUACAAUGGACUGUACAAGUAUUAAAAACAACGUACACAACUUAGUCAGUUAGAAUCAGCACAUUCUAGUGAAUUCCUAUCAAUGCUUUACUACAUACAGCUCACUCUAUAGUGUUUAAUAGAAAUGUAUUCACUAGUCUUCUCAGAUGCCUUGUUCUGUGUGCCGUGGAACUAGUCUAUCCACUACAUCUAUUUAGCAUUUAUAAUCCAGGAUGUAUUAUUUGUUGAGAUGUUUCCCAUUGCUUUUAGCUGGAAUAACUUUGCAGCUACUGCACACAAGCCAUUUACUUUUCCGAGCUCUUUUGUCAUUGUGACUUAUAUGGAUUUGUGCAGGGAUAGACACGUUUAUUGUACAGCGUAGGAUAUCAGUUUGUGUUAGAAAAAAAAAAACAAACGUAUCAAAUCUACAGUAUAAUCUGCAUCUCGUCCAGCUAGAGAAUGUUGCAUUGCCUUAAAUGAUUUUAUUUUUUUAUUCAAAUAAAACUGACAGGAUUACAUCAGAUGUUUGAUGUAAAUGGUUCCACAUUUUAAUUUAAUUCCAUCUCUGGCAGUCUCUUCAAUAAAUCAGAUGAACUA